AUGUCUCCAGAAGAAAAGAAUGAAGAACAAGGUGAGUGGAGCUUGUCAGUGGAUGGUUCAUCUAAUGUCAAAGGCAGUGGAGCUGGAGUGAUUCUGGAAGGACCCGGAGGCGUAACAAUUGAACAGUCAUUAAAGUUUGAUUUCAAAGCAAGCAACAAUCAAGCAGAGUAUGAAGCCAUAAUUGCAGGUUUAAGACUUGCAAUUGAAAUAGGCGUACGGAAUAUCAGAAUCAAAACAGGUUCACAGAUAGUUUCAAGACAAAUUCAAGGAGAAUACCAGGCGAAGGAUGCACAGUUGGCCAAGUAUUUGACAAAAGCGCAGAAUUUAAUGAAGCAGGUGGAGAAAGUGCAGAUUAAUCAUGUUCCGCGAGAGGAGAAUACAAGGGCUGACAUUUUGUCAAAAUUAGCAAGCACUAAGAAACCGGGGAAUAAUAAAUCAGUAAUUCAGGAAGUUUUAAAUAGUCCAAGUGUGGAAAAUGAGGAAGUUAUGGCCAUUCCAAUGGUGAUUGAUCAAGAUUGGAUGAGUCAAAUUAAGUUAUGCUUGGAAGCAGAGGGAGCUGAUUUGCAUUUGUUCACUAAAGAUCAGAUUCGUGAGGCAAGUCAUUAUACUCUAUUGGGCGAUCUGUUAUACAGAAGAGGAGUCGAGAUCCCAUUGUUGAGAUGCGUUUCUAAAGAGGAGGCGGAUAGAAUCAUGUUUGAGGUGCAUGAGGGAGUUUGUGCGAGUCAUGUAGGUGGAAGAUCUUUGGCUGCAAAAGUUUUGAGGGCAGGGUUUUAUUGGCCAACACUGAGGUCAGAUUGCAUGGAAUAUGCAAAAAAGUGUGAAAAGUGUCAGUUGUAUGCAGAUUUGCACAGAGCACCGCCGGAAACAUUAAGUUCAAUGAGUUCAUCAUGGCCAUUUGCAAUGUGGGGCGUAGAUAUCUUGGGACCUUUCACUCCAGCAGGUUCACAAGUUAGAUUCAUCUUAGUUGCAGUGGAUUAUUUUACCAAGUGGAUUGAGGUGGAGUCAAUGGCGAAGAUAACAGCAGAGAAAGUUAAGAAGUUUUAUUGA